AAGGGACGCCGCGUGCUGGAAUUCCGCACCCUGAACGACUUCGUCACGGGCCAGAACUUCGUGCAGCACCUGCUGCCGCACCCCUGGGCCGGCACGGGCCACGUGGUCUUCAACGGCUCCCUCUACUACAACAAGUACCAGAGCAACAUCGCAGUGAAGUACCACUUCCGCUCGCGCAGCGUGCUGGUGCAGCGCUUCCCCUACUCCUGGGGCGGCUUCUCCGACAUCGACUUCAUGGUGGACGAGAACGGGCUGUGGGCCGUCUACACCACCAACCAGAACGCCGGCAACAUCGUGGUGAGCCGGGUGGACCCGCAGACGCUGGAGAUCCUGCGCAGCUGGGACACCGGCUACCCCAAGCGCAGCGCCGGCGAGUCCUUCAUGAUCUGUGGCACCCUCUACGUCACAAACUCCCACCUAGCCGGGGCCAAGAUCUACUUUGCCUACUACACCAACACUUCCAGCUACGAGUACACGGACAUCCCCUUCCACAACCAGUACUCCCACAUCUCCAUGCUGGACUACAACCCGCGGGAGCGGGUGCUGUACACCUGGAACAAUGGCCACCAGGUGGUGUACAACGUCACCCUCUUCCACGUCAUAAAGACCUCGGGCGAGGUGUGACACCGCUGCCGGACUCGGCCUUGGCUCUUUCUUUUUUACACGUCGGGAUCCACCGAUCUGUCUAGGAAGCGGGGCCCAGGGCAAGGCCUUUGUGUUCGCUCUCUUCCUGUGGCUCACGUGGCGCAUGGAGCUCGUCUGCUUUCGUUGGACCAAGGUCACUUACUGGAUUUGAUUUGAUUUUGGUGGCAAAUAAAAAUGAUCUGA